AUGAACAAGACAAAUUCCAUGUCCUCGUGGAUACCAUGUCUCGAGUAAACAAGCAAAAAUUUAAUUUCAGAUAGUGAUAAAUGUCAUCAAGCGCAGAACAGGAUAAAGAGCUCGAAGGUGACAUGGAGGGCAGCAGGCUGUUGUUUUAGGGGGCGCAGGGCCAGGGGGCUGGCUUUGAGAAGUUGCGUCUGAACAGACGCCAGCCGGAAUGAUGAGAAACCGCUUACAAAUCUCAUUGCAGUCCCAUUUAUAUCAUUUUUAAUCUAUAUGUCUCAUGUCUCCUAAAUUAGAUGGGAUUUUCUUCAAGGUCAUACCCAAGGUAUAAGUAUUCUCCCAUAGCAACCAGUGUAGCACUUUGCACAAUCAAGAACUCAGUGAAUCACACCAGACUCAGAACACUUCAUCCUUAAUUACACCUUUAAAGACUCAGCCAGGGGGGAUCCUGCAAGUUAUCUGCUUGCUCAAGAAAGGAAAAUUCGGGAAACAUUAGAUCAUCAGAUACUCAGACCAAGACCAGACUUCUUGCUUGUUUCCAGCUGCUAGCAUAGUCACAGAUUCUUAUCAGAAAGUCUUCAGAAUAUGUCACGAUCUGGUCAUCUGUGCAUGACUCUGCAGUGGUGAGGUCAGACACUAAGCUUUGAUGGAUCCUGGUUAUAAGAUGUGAUGUUCCCUUCUCCGAUGAUACUCAGGAUUGUCAUAAAAGCCAGAUGAAAUUAAUGAAAGGAGAGACACUUUAAAGCAUGCUAAUUGCUACAGUGUGACAGCAUGCUAUUAUUACAGCCAAAGUAAUUCACCGUGUUCUUGUGGUAGGUAUUUGCAUGUUUUCAGCGUCUCCUUUCUGCAGUGAAACUUGAGAAGGAAGAGUCUGCCAGGCAUGCCUUCCCUGUCCAAGCUCUGCUUUUGAAAGCCCUCCUUACUCAUCUUUGCUUUUCCUACUUCUCCUUCAGGGAUGUGCUUGGAUCGCCCGCCCCUCGGAGUGAAGUUCUUUAGUGGUGUGCUUAGUGGCUGCGCCCCCGUGGCUGAAAUCCUCAAGCAUGGCUGCCAUUUGGCCCAUCGACUGCCAUUGGCCCCAGUCGGUUGGCUCCUAGCAUCUCCUGUCCUGUUGGUUAUUUGUGUUCUGGAUGCAGGGACUACCUCUGUAACUACAGUGUCUUUCUUUGAGGGCAGGGACUGUGUUCUAUCUUUCUUUUCACGGGUGAGGGGGGGCUGUGGUGGCUUGCAGACCAUUUGGAUUCCAGUCCUUGGAGGCCUCAGUUUCCGCAGUUGUUAACAGCAUGGACACUGGGACAGACCACCUGGGUUGGAGUUCUGACUCUGUCACUUACUGGCAAGUUAUUUCACCUCGCUUGCCUCUCUCUCCUCUUCUGUAAAAUGAGAAUAGAAACGGCACCUCCCUCAUAAGGUUGUGAGAAUCGAAAGAGGUAAUCUGCAUAAAUUGCUUAGAACAGCGCCUAAGAUGGAUAAUAGAACCCUUAGUUGUUUUUAUCAGCGUCAUCCUCACCAUCAUGUGCAGACGAAGGAGACCAGAAGGGUGAAUUAUGCGACAUUUAAUGACUCUUCCAGAAAGAGGAUACCCGGGGAGAAGGAGAUGAGUGCAAAGCCACCCAUUUGCUUGAAAGUAAGUCUGCAAAAUGGAUAUUAAAUACUUGCUCCCCCAGCACAGGGAAUUUUUUAAAGACAGAGUAGUUUCAGAGUCUCUGCUACCCUGGACAGACUCCAGGUCCCGGGAGUAAAGGACGUGGGGUCCCAUGUGGCAGUCCCUCUUUGGGAUUCACUGGGUCUCAGGGCCUAACCGGUUCCACCCAGCCCUGCCCGGCUCCCCACCAACCGGCCAGCCAGACAAGGCCCUCAGGCAACACAGAUUGACAGAGGAAGGAAAGAGGAAACCGGGAGGGAUUUCCCCGCCCUGAGCGCCCUGCCCUAUAAAGCAGGCCCUGGGAGCCUCUGGCCCCAAAAGGCCCUGGUGCGCCCCCAGAGACUUCUGGAAGGCCUGGAAGUGCAAGCACAGUGGAGAGCAUCCACCUCACAAAUUAGCAUAUUCACAAGAACCCACUACGAAGCGAGUCCUGGAUGUUGCCCAAUGGUUAAGUAGGUGUGUGCUUGCCUCUCUGCAAUUAUUGGGUGAGCAGGAUUCGGGCCGGAUACUGCGCCCGCAUGGCCAGCCACGCUCGCCCCCUCUCGAGGGUGAAGAGGAAGCCUUAGUGUGUGGGCUGGCAGGUGGGCACUGAUUGAAAAACAACUUUGUACCCUAUUUAUCCGGCAUAAGGCUCCCCCUUCCCACGCUCCUCCUGGAUGGUAUUUCUCCAGGCUCCGUGGGACACUGUCUUACCAAAGGCAGCGAGGCCAUCCUGCGGGGCCGGAGCCUCACAGCGCCCGGCCUUCGGGGGAAGCAGAGUCGCAGAGAAUGAAGACAUUCCGAUGUUGUUUUAAAUACCCCCUACAGCAGAAAGUUUUUGUCCUGUUUUUAACCCUGUGGCUGUUCUCCUUGUUGAAGCUUCUGAACGUAAGCAGACUCCUCUUCCCUCAGAGAGGCAUUUACCUGGUCGAGUACUCCCUGAGUACCUCGCCGUUUGUGAGAAACAGAUACACCCAAGUUAAGGGUGAAGCCGGGUAUGAAGUUAACUGUUCUGCUGUCUAUGAACAGGAGCCUUUGGAAAUUGGCAAGAGUCUGGAAAUAAGAAGAAGAGACAUCAUCGACUUGGAUGAUGAUGAUGUCGGGGCAAUGACCAGUGACUGUGACAUUUAUCAGACCCUCAGACGGUACCAUCAAAAGCUGGUUUCAAGGGAGGAGAAGAGCUUCCCAAUAGCGUAUUCUUUGGUUGUUCACAAAGACGCGAUUAUGGUUGAAAGGCUGAUCCAGGCCAUAUACAACCGGCACAACAUUUACUGCAUCCAUUAUGACCGAAAGUCACCCGAGGCCUUCAAAGUCGCCAUGAACAACCUGGCUAAGUGCUUCUCCAAUAUCUUCAUUGCUUCCAAAUUAGAGACUGUGCAAUAUGCCCACAUUUCCAGACUCCAGGCGGAUUUAAACUGCUUGUCCGACCUUCUCAGGUCUUCAGUUCAGUGGAAAUACGUUAUCAACCUGUGCGGGCAAGAUUUUCCUUUGAAGUCAAACUUUGAGUUAGUGUCAGAGUUGAAGAAACUCAAUGGAGCAAAUAUGUUAGAGACGGUGAAACCCCCUCACAGUAAGAUAGAAAGAUUCACGUAUCGCCACGAACUCAGACAGCUGCCUUACGAAUAUGUGAAGCUUCCCGUGAGGACGAACGUCUCCAAGGACGCGCCUCCUCAUGACAUUGAGAUAUUCGUUGGCAGCGCUUAUUUUGUUUUAAGUCGAGCGUUUGUUAAAUACGUUUUCAACACCUCCCUCGUCAAAGACUUUUUUGCCUGGUCUGAAGACACCUACUCGCCUGAUGAGCAUUUUUGGGCGACCUUAAUUCGGGUGCCAGGAGUACCUGGAGAGAUUUCUCGGUCAGCCCAGGAUGUGUCUGACCUGCAGAGUAAGACCCGCCUUGUCAAAUGGAACUAUCACGAAGGCCUUUUCUACCCCAGGUGCACGGGCUCUCACCUCCGCAGUGUGUGUAUCUACGGGGCAGCCGAAUUAAGGUGGCUUAUAAAAGAUGGACAUUGGUUUGCUAAUAAAUUUGAUUCUAAGGUGGACCCUGUCUUGAUUAAAUGCUUGGCAGAAAAGCUUGAAGAACAACAGAGAGAGUGGAUCACUUUGUCCUCAGAAAAGUGAUUUAUGCAUGAAAAUCCCACAGUCACGUCAUGGUAAAAUCAUGAUGGGAGUAAGCUGUCUGAUAAGCGGAGUGAACGUGGAGUUGCGUACUGCCAUGGCCAGGACCAUCUGAGCUUACCCUUCUCGGGGCCGGAAGGGUGUCUGUGAUUCCAUGCACAAGGGAAAGUGACCUAGCCUUGGGUGACAAUUACCCUGCAGUUGGUUGGGUGUUUUUAUGUUGGUUUUUGCUGAUAAUCUCACUGAGCUAAAUCAGAGAUCUUAAAUGAUUAGUCAUUAGAUAUUUAUUGAGCUCCUGCUCUUUGCCAGGCACUUUUUUAGAAACAUGUAGGAAUUGGAUCCAAGUUUCU